UUUCCGGAACGUAGGGAGCUCCUCGCUGGAGAAUUUCCCGACAGUGUGGUGAAAAUCGAGGUAUUUGACUGAAAUUACCCCGUGGCAAUUUUGUUUCGUUGAUUUGGAGUGAAGGUAUCACAUGAAUUUUUGAUUUUUUCAAAUCAUCUCGGUUCAUCAGCUGAUGGCGGUUUCCAAAAGUGUUGGAGUGAAGUUUUGAAGUUCUUGAGAUUAUCCAAGAAGGCUCCCGGGAUUCAACAUGGGUUGGAACCAGCAAUAUGAGGAACUGGGAGUACCAGCCAAAAAAGGAGAACCAGUAGAUGAUCUCAGCAGUCCAGAAAGUAUCAAAUCACAUGAAAGACCUCCAUUGAGAAAAGUUGAUCAGUACGUGAGGGCAGAAUGUCCUUGUUUAUCCAAAAGGGCGACGGUUGCCCUUUUGAGUUGUAUGGGCUUCAUUAUUAUGUUUGGGAUGAGAACAUCGAUGGGCAUAGUCAAACUUCAGUUCGAGAACAAAACUAAAGUAUGGGGAGAAGACACAGCUUCAGCGAUAGAAUCAGCCAUAUUCUGGGGAUAUUUCAUCACACAGAUACCUGGAGGUUUGAUAGCUGCUGCAUAUCCUGCCAACAAACUUUUCGGUUUUGCCAUUGGAACAUCAUCACUUCUAAAUUUUUUCAUUCCCUUCACGUACAAACAUCCUCCAUUUAUCAUCACACUGAAAGUUCUACAGGGUUUGGUUGAGGGUGUGACGUAUCCAGCAUGCCAUGGUAUCAUGAGGUACUGGGCUCCCCCUUUAGAGCGUUCCAAAUUAGCCACCUUAGCUUUUUCCGGAUGUUAUGGAGGUGUCAUGUUCGCCAUGUUGAUUUGUGGCGUUCUUGUGGACUAUUUCGGCCCCAUGUCGCCAUUUUACUUUUAUAGUGUUAUUGGCAUGAUUUGGUAUGUGGCAUGGGUAUGGUUGGUCUUCGAGAAGCCAGCGUUACAUCCUUGUAUAGAGACCAAGGAAUUGCUCUAUAUAGAGAAUUCAUUAGGAAAGAACGCAGAAACAUAUGUGGCACCAACGCUGCAGAAUACACCAUGGUUAACUUUUUUCAAGUCGAUGCCGUGUUAUGCGAUAUUUGUGGCCAAUUUCUGUCGUUCCUGGAAUUUCUACCUGCUUGUUCUCAACCAACCGAUAUAUUUCUCGGAUACCUAUCACGAAUCCAUAGAAAAAAACACUAUCCUUGGAGCUCUGCCUCACUUUCUAAUGACCAUCAUAGUCCCAAGUGGUGGAAUACUGGCUGACAGGAUAAGAAGAAAAGGUAUUCUCACUACAACCCAAGUGAGGAAGCUCUUUAACUGCGGUGGUUUUGGAAUGGAAGCAACUUUCUUCAUAGUAAUGGCCUAUUGCAAUGACUUCGAGCUUGCUAUAGCAGCCUUGUCUAUCGGCGUGGCAUUUAGUGGUUUUGCGAUAUCCGGUUUUAACGUGAAUCACCUGGAUAUCGCUCCAAGAUACGCCAGUAUCCUCAUGGGAAUGUCUAAUGGGAUUGGGACCAUAGCAGGAUGCAUAUGUCCCUAUGUCGUGAACAAAAUUCUUGGGGAGGAAAGGACGAUAGAAAGAUGGAGGGAAGUUUUCAUCCUAUCAGCCUUCAUACAUUACGCUGGUGUAAUCUUCUAUGGCAUUUUCGCGUCUGGCGAAUUACAAGAAUGGGCUGAUCCUACUGCCGAAGAAGAGAAACAAUGGAAUCAAAUGGCAGAAACAGGAAAUAUAAAAUCAUCAUUUGCUAAUCGCAACAAUUCUGUAAACUACGGCUCUGUAGACAAACAGCUCCCUCCAAGGCCACCCCUGCCUAGGCAACUCACCCAAGAAUCCUCGCUCCAGAAUGUGCCACCUCAGCAAUUACCACCACCAAGUGCUCCCCCAGUUCAGCAGCAAACUGGCAUGACUAAUCCUUUCACUGGCAGGAUAACCAAUCCUUUCAGACAGGAAGCAGUGCAACCUGAGGCUCAAGACACUUACAUGUAUGGCACUGUUAACGACCGCACUUAUUAGUUUUGAUCAAGUAGAAAAUACAAGUCCAAACCUUUUUAUUCUUCGAUGACUUUUUGCUUUCUAUCUAUGUCCAUUGAUUUCAAAUUUAUUACCUCCGUUGAUAAAUUCUUCUCUUUUUAUUUUCAUCCAAUUCUAAUCUGCCUUUGCGAAAAAUAAAGUACAAGGUAACCUUGAGGAGAAUAUUCAGUGUAAGGUUAAAUGAUAGGUAUUGGUUCAAAUAUAAAGAAAAGUGUCUAUGUAAAUGGUUGAGUAGGAUGAACAGAAUGUGUGGCUCAGUAACCAACAAGUUAAAUCACUGCCUUGUGGAUAAGUCACUUAUUAGUUAGUAGGUAUGUAUCUAAAAAUAUCAGGAUUAUUACAGAUUGGUUCGAGCACAAGAAUUGUAUAAAUUUCUUCUCUGGAAUAAGAAAAUGUUGAUAUAUCAUUUUUUUCUGGACUUGACUUUUCUAUAUUCAUUGAUUUAGAUAGAAUUAUUGAAAAAUAAAUGUUGAAAUUUCUUUGAUAGUUUAGAUCAGUUCUGAGAAUAAUAGUGAAUCAAAUGAAAUAAUGAAAUAUUGCAACUGUUGGCUGAAUGCACGAACAAAGAUAUAUUUAGGUAAACUCUUUGUCAAUUGUAUCAUAAAUACUAUUCUCGAAUGAAUUGAAAACCAAGAAACAAUGUUGGGAAAAUAUAGACAGAUAUUUCGUGAAGAAUGAAAACUAUAAACGUAUUAAUUAAUUACAUAUAUGUUCAAAUAUGGUUUUUUUGACAUUAUAAGCUAAAAAUU